AUGUUGAGGGCUGUGUCCAGUAUUUAUAUUGAGAGUCAAGCGUUCGCUGUAGUCAGACGUGAUGUAAUUAAAUUAUUUCGCACUACAGCAUAUUCGGGAAUCACCUCAAAUCAGCAUCCAAGGAAAUUUAAAAAGUAUAAAACGACUGUUUUGGCUGGAGCGAGCUCAUCAAAACAAGAGCCAGUUCCAUUGCAGUCUACACCAUCACCACCAGCCCCUCCCUCCCAGCCCCCGCCACGAGGACCGCGACGCGGCUGGUUCGCCGCUACCGCCGUAGCGCUCACUGCUUCUGUUGGAGGGGUUUAUAUUUAUCGAAAAUUGAACACUAAUAAGGAGGAGCAGCAAUUGCAGUUGGAAAGCAAGGACGAGAGUGGGGAGGUAGAGGGGACCCCGAUCCCGGCUAGCGCGGAGUCUCUGCCGAGUCAUGUGGAGUACUUGGUGGUGGGCGGUGGUACGGCGGCCUUCGCGGCGCUACGAGCUAUCCGCAGCGUGAAACCAGAAGCGCGAGUGCUGCUGGUGAGCGAGGAGAUUGGUCUGCCGUACAUGCGGCCUCCGCUCAACAAGGAGCUGUGGCGCGAACCUGAUCUGGCGACUCGAGCGGCAGACCCCGAUACCCUCGUGUUCCAGCAGUGGAACGGCAAGCGCAGGAGGUUGGCGUACGAGCCCAAUUCGUUCUACUUGCCGACGGAGAAGUUGCGUGAUGGAUCCCCCGGGGCUGGAGUGGCUCGCGGCUGGACCGUGACCGCGCUGGACGUGGACAAGCACGAGGCCAAGUUGUCAGCAAGUGGCACCACCGCCACACUUACUUACGACAAGUGUCUCAUCGCCACUGGUGCGCGCGCAAAGCGCUGCGAAGCGCUGCGUGCAGCCCGCAGCGCGGGAUUGGCGCUGCCACUGCGCAGCGCUCGCGACGUGGCGCGUUUAGCUGCAGCGCUGCAGCGCUCACACGCCGGCAGCGUUGUCGUGGUGGGCGGUGGUGCGCACGCCUGCGAGCUCGCCGCAGCACUUGCAGAACGACUGCGCGACAGUGACAAGCGCGUGAUGCUGGUGUUCCGCGAGGCGGCACCGCUGGCGGGUGAGCUGCCGGGCUACCUGGCCGCGCACCUGGCGCGCGCUCUGCAGGCACUCGGCGUGCACCUCCUGCCCAGCUCCGAAGUGAUCGACAGCCGUGUGAGCUCGGAACAAGUGCACCUGCAGCUGAAGAAAGUGGGGGGUGAGGACAUCUCUCCGGGGAGUGAGGAAGACAGCUCGGAAUUGGUAGCGUCCCUGGUGGUUGAGUGCCUGGGCAAUGAGCCCAACACUGAGCUGGCAGUUUCUUCUGGUCUCGAGGUGCAUCCAGACCUUGGAGGUGUCGUCGUUAACGCCGAGAUGCAGGCUCGCAGUGGCGUGUUCGCGGCGGGUGACGCGGCGUGCUUCCACGAGCCGUUGCUGGGGAGGCGACGGGUCGCGCGACACGACCACGCGGUGGCGUCGGGCCGCCUCGCCGGCGCCAACAUGGCGGCGCUCGAACCCCCCCGCCCCUACACCCAUCAGCCCAUGCUGUGGGCCGACGUGGGCCCGCGGAUUGGCUACGAGGCGAUCGGAAUAAUCGAUUCUCGGCUACCAACCGUGGGAGUGUUCUCAGCGGAUGCGGUCACUGAGGCGCGCGCGAUCACAAACACACAAGAGGACGUAGAAACUGAACAAGCUGUUAUAGAAAAGGGCAAUCAAAUCCCCACCGAUACGGAAGCUUCAAGCCAAGAUGCCAGCAAGGAGACUGGCAGUGAAAGUUCCAGCAGUGGGACGUUGGUCCAGCGAAGUACCAGCUCGGAGCCCUCGUCGCGUAGUUACGAGCGAGGAGUCGUGUUCUACUUAAGGGAUAAACGGGUGGUGGGGGUGCUGCUGUGGAAUCUGUUCAAUCGCAUGCACAUCGCUAGACAGGUUCUGAAACAAGGCGAGUUCGAGGAUAUGUUCGAGGUGGCGAAGUUAUUCUCAUUACACGAGGAAGACUGA